ACUCAUUUAAAAGGAGCAACAGGUGAAGAGGUGCCACAUGCCAUUCUGAUCACCUCACGUCAGCAGUAUGGAUUACCGGACGAUGCUAUUGUGUUUUGCAAUUUCAAUCAACUUUACAAAAUUGACCCACCAACACUGUCGAUGUGGUGUGAUAUCCUGAAAUUGCCGAAUGUGAUUCGUUUUUGUGCGGAACGUGGCAUUGAUACACGUCGCGUGGUUUUCUCGAAUGUUGCUGCAAAAGAGGAGCAUGUACGUCGUGGACAACUUGCCGAUGUUUGCUUGGAUACUCCACUUUGUAACGGACAUACGACUGGAAUGGAUAUUCUUUGGACUGGAACUCCAAUGAUCACUAUGCCACUGGAAACACUGGCGUCACGUAUUGCGUCAAGUCAGCUGUACGCGCUUGGUGUACCGGAAUUGGUUGCCAAAGAUCGUGAGGAUUAUGUUCGAAUUGCUGUGAAAUUGGGCACGGAUCGUGAAUAUUUGAGUCAAAUUCGAGCAAAAGUAUGGAAGGCUCGGACAACAUCAACACUAUUUAACGUUCGACAGUACUGUGCGGAUAUGGAGCGCCUGUUGCAUAAGAUGUGGAAGCGAUAUGCGGAUGGCCUACCGCCUGAUCAUAUUUUAUCGGAUCGUGAUGCGCUGGAUUCUGAUGAGAGAAUGAUAUAG